GUUAUCCCCAGGUUUUCCCGAUCUUCGCACCUGCCUGCUCAAUCAGAAGCUGCAGAUGCUGAACUGCUGCAUAGAACGGAAACUUUCCAGGGAAAACCUGCACCAAUCUUACUAUGAUUCAGCUGAAGAUUCCUCCACAGACGAUGAGUUUUUCGAUUGCACUGAAAAACCCGAAGAUGACUCCAAGCGCAAGGAAAAACUUUCCCUUUGGAACCAACCGGUGGGCAGACUCACAAAAUUUGGAGACUUAAAGUUGUUGAAUACCGGAGAUGCUUUAUACAUUCCAGUCACUCAAGAUCCUGUACUGAAAACUGAGGAUCAAUUAGAAGAAGACACUGAUAUUCUCCUGAAACUGGGAUCCAACGCUGAAGCGUCUGAGCUUCGAGCGAGGAUAAUGAGCGCUUCCUUGCUCUCAGACAUGGAAUCUUUCAAAGCCGCUAAUCCUGGUUCGGUCGUUGAAGAUUUCAUACGUUGGUACUCGCCUAGAGACUGGAUUGAAGAAGAGGAACUGGACGACUGGGGCCAGAAGAAAGGCCACCUAAGCCCUAGAAUGUUGAUCGAGGAAAACAACAUAUGGGUGCAGACAUGGGAAUCCGCUAAGCCAGUCCCUGCUAACAGACAGAGGAGGUUGUUCGAUGACACACGCGAGGCUGAAAAGAUUUUACAAUUCCUUGACUACAGAACGAUUUCCCAGAUCUGCGAACUCAUAAUACCCGUGCUUUCACAUGCCGCCAUCUACAGACUGGUGGAAGAAUGCCAGCUGGUAGCUUGUGAGCUGAGCGAGGCCACUGUGAGGAUCAAUAGUCUCAUCAGGCACGGCGAAAGGUUAUCUAGAGACGCAAAGUUCCAGCCUAGGCGGUUCGAGGCACUCAUUCAAGAGGUGUCGACACUAGAGGUGCUAAUUUCCCAAGUAAACUCGCUGCAGUACAAAUUUAAUCCGUCAGGGUCUCAAGACGACGCGCUGUGCAGUCUAGUGGCGAACCUGGUGGUAGGAAGGGAGGUGGAGAUUGAAAACAAGGCGUCCUCGGACGUCGGUAAUAGGAUCGUGACGAUGUUCUCCGACGCCCAGAAGGUGGCGAGCGUCAUCCUGAACGAGCAGUCGGGGGAGAACGGCCGCAGCGGCACUAUUAACACCGUGUUUCCACCCCCUAGCGAGAGGGAGUUCGUGAUGAGGGUCGGAGCGGUGAAACCGGCGAGUUACUCGGCCAGGUGCCCCCAGUUCUUGAGGGCCGUGUUGAAUAAGAAUGAGUUCAGGCUCGCAGGGGCUUUCUCCGAGGAUAUCGUGUUCUUUUAAUGGCUGCAAUUAGGAUAUCGCGCAGAUUUUAUAUUUGUUAUUGCAAGAGAUAAACUUUAAAGUAUUAGUUGGAACUUGAAAUUACCAUGAGAGGGCUGCUAUCAAG